AUGAGGUUUGAUCUCUACGUCGACAGCUAUCUGCGAUACAAACGGGGCACCAACAAAAUCGCAGAAUGGCUCGUCAACUCGGGACGCCUUUGUGGCRCCAAAUUGGACACGCCGAAGAAAUCUGGCUCGGGGCGCAAAUAUCACAUGCCCCUUGUCCAAGUUCCGAGAGGUUGCAGACACAAUCGCACACUGUACGGAGCCAGCGAUCGAAGUCCGACCAGAGCUGCUGCAUCUUCUGCAAGAGGUCAUCGCGCUCCGAGAAGCUGCAACGGUCUUCUAUCGCUAUAA